AUUUCUUCAUCUAUCCAUUUGAUAUCAUAAAAUAGCUGGUUAAUACAUUUUUGUGUUUUCUGUUUCGGAUUUUUAAAAGGAAAGGUGUACGUUUGAAAGCCUUAAAGUGUUCAAGAUCGAAAUAAUGAGAAAAUUCGUCAUAUUAACGACAUUAUUAUGUCAAUAAAGUUAUGGACCAUUGAUUAGAGCAAUGCAUGAAACCUUGUUGCUCGAAAAUGGAACAAACGACCAGCUCCUGGACAUAAAAUUGCUUGCCUCUCACCACUACAAUUUUCAAAUUCAAAAUUCACGUUUAUUCAACGUUUAACCCAGUGGUAUUGCUGAGAGACAUCAAGACUCAAAUCGCAUGAGUGUGGCAACAUUUCACGAUUUCUUACAUAUUUGCUGAGAAGAAAUAGCGACACACAACGGAAUGCAAAUUAGUUGGAUAAAUGCAGUGCAGCGGCAAAUAAACCACAGUUCCUCAAAAGCAAGUGCAGACGGUAGAGCGUGAACAACACCUUCCCCCAACAUUGCAAUUUUUGAUGGACAAUGGUAAACAAUAAAAAAUUAUCAGUCAAAUUGGAUAUGUCAGACAACCUGUUAACUCCAUCGGCUCACAAAGUCAAAUGUGUCUACGUGUUGUAUACUUUGACGCUAUUAAUAACGGCAUUGACCAUGGUCAUGGUAUUCCAACAGUAUUUAAAAGGCUUUGCUGAACUCGAUGUGCAAAAUGAUAAACAAUCGAUCGAUGUUGACGACAUGUGCCAUCUUCAGUUGGUCGAGAGCAUUCCGGAACAUUUGAAUUUCUCAGAGCAUAGUCCAAAGUUUUUGUCAACAUAUGAUGCUUGGAAAAUAUUAUUGAACUCUACAGAGUCUGUUUUGAAUAUUGGUUCGUUGUACUGGACGCUGUUGGGCUCGGACGUUAUAAACGAUAGCAGUGCUUGGCAAGGAGAAGAUAUUUUCAAGAAUUUAAUGGACUUGGGGAUGGAGGGUAAAAUUAAAAUUCGCAUAGCUCAAAGUGCUCCGACAGACUUAUCCCCAAAUUUCGAUACAGCGGAACUUCAACGAAAAUGUGCAGCCGAGGUCAGGUCCUUGAAUUUUACCCGUCUGUUGGGCGGUGGGGUUUUGCACACAAAGUUUUGGAUAUCGGACCAUAAACACGUUUAUCUCGGCAGCGCCAAUAUGGACUGGCGGUCUUUAACGCAGGUCAAAGAGAUGGGAGUGCUGGCCUUGAAUUGUUCCACAUUGGCCGUUGAUUUGGAAAAGGUGUUUGAAGAAUAUUGGUUACUGGCCAAUGACACAGCCAAAAUACCGAAAGAGUGGCCCUUGGAAUAUGCUACUCAGUUUAACUUUCAAAAUCCCAUGGAUCUUUUUGUUAACAAUAAAUACAGCCAACCUGCUUUACUCUCGAGUUCUCCACCACCCUUAACUGCUAGCGGCCGUGUACAUGAUAUUGAUGCUAUAGUGGAGAUAAUUUCAACGGCCCGGAAGUUUGUUAACAUUGCUGUAAUGGAUUACGUUCCCUUAAUGAUGUACUCGAAAGAGAAGACUUAUUGGUCCACCAUUGAUGAUGCUCUUCGUUCGGCUGCUAUAGAUCGGAAGGUUCAAAUCAAAUUGCUUAUAUCAUGGUGGAAACAUUCGAAUCCCUCUGAAGAUUACUUUUUGAGAUCUCUGCAAGCUUUGUCGAAUUCCCUGCCCAAUGUGGACAUACAAAUUAAACGCUUCAUUGUGCCAUCUAAUGAUCAUGAGGCGAAGAUUCCCUUCGGUCGGGUAAAUCAUAACAAAUACAUGGUAACCGAUAAUGUAGCCUACAUCGGUACAUCCAAUUGGUCGGGUGAUUAUUUCACUAACACAGCAGGAGUGGGUCUUGUAUUGAUGGAUACUAUCGAAAUGGUCAAUAUAUCAACAAUUCGUCAAGAUCUUCUAGGUGUUUUCGAGAGAGAUUGGAAUAGUGAAUACACAAAGGAUUUAGAAUCCAAGUAGUAUUCGGGUUAUUUGUAUACAUGUUUUUUUUUUAUUUUUAGACUAAAUUUUCUUUCAAUUGAAAAAUUUUGAAUAAAUUUUAUAGAAUUUUGCAAAAUUA